CUUUAGAAAAGUCAACUGCUGCUGUCUUUCUCUUCUGGCAACUGGCAAGUACGGAGCAAAUUGGCAUUUCAUUCCAACUUGCAAGAUUUUAGUGACCAUGGAUAUAGUUGGGAGUCUUGGGACUGUCAUUGGGUUUGUUAAUUCAUCACAGGGAACCCUUGCCACACAGUUCUCCUAUUUGAGAAAUGUUCGGAAACACCAAGAGUCACUUCAUUUCAAUAUGGAAAAACUAAAUGGUCGAGCAAAUGACAUCAAAAUGGAGAUUAAUAUGGGAUUAACAUACUUGAGUAAGAAGCUAAAAGGUGAGGUAGAGUUGUGGCUCAAACUUGUGGAAAAGGUAAACAAUGAAGUGGAUAGCUUAGAAAAUGAAAUCAUCACUACAAGAAGGUGCAUGAAUGGUGUUUUUCCUAAUUUCUAUUCAAGAUAUAAAAUAGGAAAACAUCUUUUACAAAAGAUUAAAAAGGUGACCGAGCUUCAAGAAGAGGGAGUGUUUCCAAAUGGUUUAUUUAUUGAUUUAUUGCCAGAUAUAGGAAAGUUCAUGCCAGCAACACAGUUAAUCGGUAACACAAUACAAAGGGAUAUUUUGCUUGAGAUUUGGAAGUGUCUGAUGGAUGACAACAUCAAUAAGAUAGGUGUCUAUGGUAUGGGUGGAGUUGGAAAGACGACCAUUAUGGUGCAUAUAUAUAAUCAACUCAAUGAAGCUCAAAUAUUUGAUAAUGUUAUUUGGGUGACUGCAUCAAAAACUUUUGAGUUGGAGAUAUUGCAAAUUGAAAUAGGGAAAGCAGUAAACCUGGAUCUAAACCAGGAGUUCUCAUUCAGUAAUAAUUUAAUCAGGAGAUCAACCAUAUUAUUUGAGCAUUUGUUGAGAAUGAAAAAAUUUAUUCUAAUCAUAGAUGAUUUAUGGAGUAAGUUUACCUUAGAAGAGGUGGGGAUCCCACAGCCAAAUAAAGAGAAUGGUUGUAAGUUAAUAAUCAUUACUCGACUCAUGGAAGUCUGUCGGGGCAUGGAAACACAAAGAGAAAUCAAGGUGGGCAUGCUUUCUGAGGAGGAAGCCUGGAAUUUGUUCACUGAUAAAGCUGGAAUAGAUGACUUUCUUUCUCCUGAAAUAGAAUCCUCUGCAAAGCUGAUUGUUAAAGAAUGUGGUGGUUUGCCGCUUGCAAUCAUCACUGUGGGACGAGCCAUGAGGAAAACCAAUGAUGCAAGAGUUUGGAAGAAUGCACUGGAAGAAUUGAAAAGUUCAAGAGCUGAAAUUGAAGGCAUGGAGGAAGAUGUUUUUGCACGUCUGAAAUUCAGUUAUAACCACUUAAAAAAUGACAGGGUCCGCGCUUGCUUUUUGUACUGUGCAUUAUAUCCUGAGAAUUAUAAAAUUGUUGUUGAGGAGCUGAUUGAGUACUGGAUGGCAGAAGGUUUCAUAGAUGAAGUGUGGGAUAGGGAGCAUGAGAACAACAAAGGCCAUGCAUUGCUUAAGGAACUCAAAGAUGCUUGCCUGCUGGAGGUUAUUGGAACAGGGUGCGUAAGAAUGCAUGAUUUGGUGAGGGAUUUAGCAAUCAGAAUCACAAAGGAGAGUCCUCGGUUCAUGGUCAAAGCUGGUGUUGGAUUGAAAACAUUGCCAAGGACGUGGAUGGAAAAUGUAGAGAGGGUCUCUCUAAUGGAAAACUACAUUAAAAUUCUUCCAGAUCAUCCCCAUAGCACAAAUUUAUCUACUCUGCUCCUGCAACAGAACCCCCUAAUGGAAAAAAUCCCUGAUUUAUUCUUUCUGAACAUGCAAAAACUUAGAGUUCUUGACCUAUCUAAUUCUCCAAUAAAGUCACUUCCAGAUUCCCUUUCCUGUUUACAGAAUCUGCGUGCAAUCAUGUUACGCCUUUGUAAGAUUGAAGAAUUACCUUCACUAGCGAUGCUGACAGAGCUGAGGGUGUUGGACCUUUCAUAUACCAUGAUCCAAGAGUUGCCUAGUGGUAUCAAAGGCUUGGUAAAUCUUAGGCGUCUUGAUCUUUCUUAUACGGAAGAGCUUAACAUGUUUCCUGCUGGGGUCAUCCCAAACCUGUGCCGCCUAGAAAAUCUAUCGAUGUUUGGAAGCAAAUGGAGAUGGUCCUUGAAUUCACAGGGAAAUGGAGGAGCAGAUUUUGCAGAAAUCAAAAACUCCUCACAACUAACUAAUCUUGGUCUUUCCUUUGAGGAUUCAUACAGCUUCAACAACUAUGUGAGAUCUAGACAUUGGCGGGUGCUGAAAAGCUACCAUAUUGGUAUAGGACUUCUAUCAAGCCUUUUACCUAUUUCCAAGGGAACUUACAGUGCAGAAGUUCAAGGCUGUAACCUCAUCACCAAUGGGAGUUCAAUAGAGCUUCCAGACAAUACUCAAGAGUUGGCAUUGCAGGGUUGUGAUGAUAUUGACAUUCUUUCUAAACUGUCAAGCACAUCAAAAUUGGAUGACCUAAAAGAGUGUUACAUCUCCACUUGUAUUGGUUUAGAGUACAUCAUAAUGGCAGAUGAAAAUUCCUUUCCAAGUCUAGAGAAAUUGAUCCUCCGGAAGCUACUUAACUUGAAGGCAAUUUGUUAUGGAGCUGUGACAGACAGUGUAUUUUCUAGGUUAAAAACCCUGCACAUCCACAAUUGUCACAGGCUUAAAUACAUACUCACAUUUGAUUUGUUAUCAUGCCUUCAAAAUCUUGAAGAGGUUGAGGUAUGGAAUUGUCAUUCAAUUGAGGAAAUCAUUGAAGGGAAGGAAACCAGUGGGGUAAAUAGCAAUGCUUUUCCUCCUAUCAUGAUUCCUAGGUUACGUCUCCUAUACUUAUCUUCUUUACCAGAAUUGAAAUCCAUUUCCAAAAGGGUAUUAAUUUGUAAUUCAUUGGACUCUAUUGAUGUAUGGGACUGUGAGAAGCUAAAGAAGCUUCCAUUCUUAAUGGACAACCUGCCUUCUUCCCUCAUGCACAUCAGCGGAAGCAGAAAGUGGUGGGAUGAGUUGUACUGGGAUGAGCCUAGUUGUAAGAGUCUUUUACAACCUCUUUUCAAGGAAGAUAAAUAAAACAAAAAAUACUGACUACCUAGGCACGGGGCAAGUCCUUUUGAAUUGUUAUGGACAUUUCAUCUGACAGUGAACUGCCACUUAUUUUAUUUUAUUUUUUUUGAGAAGAAACUGCCACUUGAUUGAUGACUUCAUCAGCAUGAAUUGAACAUGUGGCUUCAAUUUUGGGAGUUCAGACAUUUUGAGCCCAAAAUUUGUGCUGACUCACAAGGCAUUCCAUUGUCAAUAUUUUUUUUAUUAAUAUGCAACUUGCAAGAAGUUGCAUUCAAUGAUAACUUGUGGUUGACUCGUGGCAUCUGCAGCAUUGUGAAUAUAUCAAAAUGCCUAUGGGCCUAUGGCUUCAUACUUUCCGGGCAAAGUUAAGACAGUGCCUCUCUCAGCAAGCAACUUUUUAGUGCUCCCUUGUAUCUCACUGAGACCAGCGUAGCCUGCUUGAGUAAGUGAUGCUUCACCAGACUGCAUUUAUACCACUCAAUAGGAUGAGGGACCGAGUUGUGAGGACUGGAUCAUCUGGCUUCCCGUUACAUAUGCUUGAGGGAAUCUUUGAAACAAUCAACAUUCUUGUGCUGCUUUUAUUUAAUGGAAGAAAGAGGCUACAAAGAGGCCACAGUUAAAAAAUUUAAGAUCCAAAUGCAAGCUGCAUAUGCAAUUGAGGGUCACAGAGGUGAGAAUAGUCAUCCAAAUUGCUUUACAAUCAGAGCUUUCGUAUCUUGUUGGUAGGUCAUUGCUCACUGGCUUCCUGCUUCACAAAAGGGAGAGGUCAUGGUAUGCUUCUUAGAUUGCUCUCUCCAAAAAAUUUGUGAAGGGAAGCAAGUCAGUGUAUGCAUGGUCUUUAGUUUAGGCUACUAAUUUUUUGUGGAUUAUUUAGCUGCAGGGAUGGCACAAAUCUAAUGUUAUGUAAUGAUACUAAUGUCGUGGUUUGAACCAUAACAGUUGAAAUCAUGGGAUGGAGUUCUUUCUAAAGAACACUAGAACAAGUUCUCUUCAAGCAUUCUCUCCCUCUCUCUAUCCGUUGGGUUCAGCCAUGGACCACUAUCAGUGGCAAUUCUUCCCGGUGCUACCAUUGGAGGACCAAUUCUCUCGCUGUGUGUUUGUCCUUUUAGUUUUUCUUUUUAGUCCAUUUACUUAUAAUUUUCUUUUAUCCUAAUUUUCUUUUAUCCUAUCUACCUAUAAUUUCCACUUUUUUUAUUUUUUAUUUUUUUUUGCAUUAUUUUCUCUUAUUUGUUAUUUUUUGGUGGAUCAUUGUUGAUGGUUGUCUUGAAAGAGAUCU